UAGUGGCUGAAUCACAGAUGAUGUUUCUGUGGCGUCUGUCCACAUUCAGUCUUCUUCUUGUUUCCCUUUGGAAUCUCUCUCUCUCUCUCUCUCUCUCUCUCUCUCUCUCUUAUCUAUCUGUCCGUUCCUGCCACUCUGUUUCACUUUCAAUCUCAUGUGCAAUAUCCUCUAAUCAAAACACAGCCUCCAUGAGCCACUGAAACUGCUAAUCCAUUCCCCCAAAAUCUCUCUAACUCCCAUCAUUACUAUGGUUCACUAUUAAGAUUCUAUACUUUUCUGAGUCCCCGUUCUGAUCAUGAACCAUUGAGACAAAGCCCUUCUCUGAAGCUGCUGUCUCUGACAUGUAAUUUGGGUUCAAUCUGGUUUUCUUGAAAUGGGGUUGCGGAAAACUUCAUGGCUAGCUUUGAGAAGUUGGCUUUUUGUGGGUUUGCUCUUGGCAGCCUGUUGUGGAAGUUCAGAGCUCUAUGUGAAGUUCUUGAAGGCCCCCCAUGCAUUCUCAAAUCUGAACUCUGCUACAUUUGCUUUUGAAGUUUUGGUGGGUGCUAAUGGAGAAGAUAAUUGCAGAAACUGCACCACCAACUGCAGGCUGGAUCAUAGCAUAGCUUCAAGUUGCAUGGCCAGAGAAGCUGCUUACAUCGGCUUGCAGGAUGGGAACCAUAAAUUUGAGGUCUGCGCCAACGGUUCCGGAAGCAUUGGCUGCGCUAGCUAUAACUGGACUAUUGAUACCAUUCCCCCAACAGCAUAUCUCAUGGCAGAGACAGCUUUUACAAAUUCUCUUCAUGUUCCUGUGAACAUAUCUUUCAGUGAACCAUGUUCAGGUGGAGGUGGUUUUGGAUGUUCAUCCACAAAUUCCUGCAAUCUUCUCGUCUAUGGUGCCGGACAAGUUAUUCCAUCCACCCUCAAAAUUCUUGAGCCCAACCUCAAAUUUUCUCUACUUGUGAAUUUGUCCUCAAGUGUUGACUAUGGACGAGUCAUCUUGGUCAUGGAUAAAAAUUUCUGUACAGAUAGUGCUGGGAAUAAAUUUACAAGAACGGCAAAUUCGAGUUUUCUGGUACAUUUUGAUAGAAGAAGGGUCUUUGUCAACCUGAGGACUCAUGUCCCUGAAAGGCUACUUCAAUUUAACAAUGAAACUAGAACCGUGCAAGCAACUAAUAGUAAUAAGAACCUGAAGGUGUAUCUGUAUUUCUCAGAACCCGUUCUGAAUUCAUCUGCUGAAAUAUUGGAUUCCCUCCACAUGAAUGAAGGCUCGUUUCUUCCCAUGAAUGGAAAUAGCUUUGGAAAUCGCAGAUUUGGCUUUAUGUUGGAAGAUAUAUCAAGAAUGUCUAUCAUCACAAUUAGCCUCAACUCAAGUUCAGUAAUGACCAGACAGGGGACCGCAGUUUCUCCUGUUGCUCCAGUUACCUUUCUUUAUGAUUCUCAUAGGCCUGCUGUGAGUUUGAGUACCACAUCUAGGACAAGGACAAGACAAAACAGUAUACCGGUAUUAAUAAAGUUUGUGAAGCCAGUAUUCGACUUCAACUCUUCCCAUAUAUCUAUCAGUGGAGGGCAUUUGCAGGGCUUUCAUGAAGUUAGCAGGAGCAUAUAUGUUGUGGAGACACAGGCACAUAAUGAUACAAUAUCUAUCAGUGUUCCUGAAAAUGUAACACAUGAUGUUGCUGGAAACAAAAAUAUGGCAUCUAAUGUUCUACAAUUUAGGCACUAUUCUGUACCUGUAAUAUCUUUUGUGCUUUCAACAUUUGCAACCGCUUCUUUCGUGGUGACGGCAUUGGUUGCAGGGGUUCUCACUCUUUCAACUGCUGGCCUUCUAUCUGUUGGAGCAUUUUCAAGGCCACCUUCUUCUUUGACGUGUGAUCCUGCAAGGAAUCUUUUUCGAAUUGCAUGCCAUAUUCAGGUCUUUGCGCUGUCUAGAUGGUUGGCGGUCACCCUACCAGUUGAGUACUUUGAAUUUGCUAGAGGCCUACAAUGGAGUAUCCCAUACUUCCGUCUUCCAUGGGAAACCGGUGAUAGUCAGCCAGUCAUGGUUGGAUCAAGGUCUCCUAUAAAUCCACAUCCUUAUGGAUCCAAGGUUCACGAGGCAAGAACUUUUCAGAAUAUACAACCUCAGCAACGGAAUCCAUACAAGGCCUCUUCAGUUUAUGGAUUGCCACUUACUCCUAUGGAAUACAGAUCAUUUUUUGAGAGCCACAAUGUUAUGCCGGAGGCUGAAUAUAUUUCAGACCCUCAUAACUCAGACGGGUGGAGGGAUUUCCACAGAACCGUGUUUUGGUUAGCUGUCGUUAGUGGCUGCUUGGUACUCUUGCAUGCUGCACUCCUGUUUAUCUUAAAAUUGAAGAAGAAACACUCAGAAAAACAAGGCAGCUAUGGAGCACUGAUUUUUCCAAGAUUUGAAAUAUUUCUCAUAAUCCUCGCACUACCUUGUAUUUGUGAAGCCUCGGCAGAUCUAAUUAGAGGGGGAGCAUCUUCAGGGAUUAUACUCGGCAUUUUCCUAUUGGGUUUUGUGUGUUUCCUAUUGCUGUCCUUAUGCUUGUUCCUCUCCAUUGGAAUUACAUUUGGGAAGUUACUUCAAUAUAAGGAAAUACAUCAAGUGGGGCGUAAAUAUCACUGGUAUCAAGAGAUUAUCCGCGUGACUCUAGGUCCAGGUAAAAGAGGCCAGUGGACAUGGAAGAACCAGCCCAACUCUACUUAUCUAACGAUGCUAGGCCCUCUAUUUGAAGAUCUAAGAGGCCCCCCAAAGUACAUGCUGUCUCAGAUUUCGGUGGGACAUACACGCAAGCGGGAUAACAGAAUUAUCGCUUCUGAUGAUGAAACAGAAGAUGCAGAAGCGCCUUUUAUUCAAAAGCUGUUUGGUAUACUCAGAAUAUACUACACGUUGCUUGAAUCAGUGAGGCGGGUUUGUCUAGGAAUUCUUGCCGGUGCGUUUUCAGAGAACUGGUAUGCUAGAACUCCAACAAUUACCUUGCUCUCCAUCACCUCUUUUCAGCUGUUUUUCCUGGUGCUGAAGAAGCCUUUCAUCAAGAAGAAGGUUCAGCUGGUGGAGAUCAUCUCAGUUUCAAGCCAAGUUGGUAUAUUUGCCACUUGUUUUGUGCUCUUAGAAACGGAAUCCUCAACUGGGAAUGAAACCAAAAUUGGGAUCUUCAUGCUCUCACUGUUCUUAGUAGCUUUCUUGGCACAAAUGAUCAAUGAAUGGCAUGCUUUGUACUGGCAGAUAAAAGAGCUGGAUCCUGCUGAACACAAAUUCUUACUAGGCUUGAGAACUGCUGCAGUUGGAUUGCUCUUGUUCUUCACUCCACAGAAAAUGACGGAAAAUCUGAUGAACAAGUUCCGGCCCAGUCAACCAGGGGAAGGCGAACUGGCUGAUACCACAUUCCCAGUCGGCAGGCGCGGGAGCUCAGGAAGUAGUGGGAGCUCGGGUACAACUGAUAAGCCAUGGCUGAAACAGCUAAGGGAGCUGGCAAAGGCAAGCUUUAGCAAAGAUGGGAUCGCAAAUCCAGCCGAUCCAUCCUCCAGUAGCGUCAGAUGGAGCGGCUUCUGGAGUGGCAAGAGCAGUGGCAGCCCAUCAGUAACUCCGGUAGCAGAUUCUUCCAAGUCAAAAGCAAGAGGUUUGUACAAAGAUUUAGAAACCAUUUUUUCUUCCAGGUGAAACAGAAAGGAUUCAAGCAACUGGCCAUUCUCUGAAGCAUCGUCUUCGAUCGAUGUCUGAUCAUCGACUCGCCUGCCAACUCUGACUAUACUGACACGGCGACUCGUCGCAGAUUGCAGUGCCCGCUAGACUUCAUUGAGUUUGUGCCAAAGGAAUGUCAUAGAUCAUGUUAAUAGGCUUCAUAUAUGCAAAUUAGAGAGGCAUAUGUAUUGACAUUACUGCACUGAAUAAUAAGAUCAUUGAAAGGUUGGAACUUGCCUUCCCUUGUAUA